GAUAUAUAGCAUCCCGGAUUACAGUAACCGACAACAUGAUACAUAAAGUUAAAUAGUUUUUCGUUAUUAAAGAAAAGAUGAGAAGAUGGAACAGACACAACUUCUAGUGGGGCGUGGAAAAGUGGUUGAAAAUGACAAAGUUCAUAAGAAAGAAGCCGAACGUUUUCCAAACGUGACGUUAGAAGCUAGUUAUGAUGUUGGAUUGUUUAAAGGUGACUGCAAAGAUGGCAUUUACAACAUAUUGAACGACAUUAUAUUUCAUACAGAUUUUGAUCCGAGCAUCGUUGACCACCUUAUUUCUAGUUGCGUUUUGACCAUUGACGAUGGAGAAGAUAUUAUGCAAGCCAAUACGAGAAUUGAAAAGAAUAGCAUACUUUAUGACAUAUUAUUUGAAAGACCAUACAAUUUUUUAGCGCCACUUCAGCAAGCAGCAAUAGACGUCAAAAACACAGAAAUACAGUCGAUAUUGGAGAAAAACGGCUUUGUAGAACAGGAAAUAAAUUUUCCACCUGUCAAAUACUCAGAUGAUAUCAAGGAUGAUUCUGUUCGUUUACAAAAAUGUUACAAAAUUAUAGUUGAAGAUCUUGAUAGUAUAGAACCCAUAGAUAAGCUUGUAGAGUUUGGUGUUUUGAGUCCUGAACACAUUGAGGUACUAAAAGCCUGUCGUACACCACGAGAAACUAAUAGGAAACUUUUACGGACACUUAUGUUCAAAUUUAAAGACGGAUACCUGAACUUUCUAAAAUCACUAAAGGAUGACUGUGUUCAUGAAGAUAUGGCUGAAAAAAUCAUGCAAACGGAAGUUACAGAAAAGGAUAGACAUCUAUUACAAAUAGGAAUCUUUGCAAGAAAGAGAAUAUAUAAAAACAAGCAAAUCAAAGAAUCAGUUCAGAAAGUAAUAAUAGACGUGAAGUCAACAGUAUCGAAAAGUGAUCAUGACAGGAUAACAACAGGUUGUGACUUGAUAAAGAUAAUGGAGGACAACAAUAUUGGAACAGACGAUGAGUACCGGGGUCAUGUAAAACAAUUCAUUCAAACUUCGUCGUACACUGCUAUACAACGUUUUGUUUCUGUUGAUGAUUUUCAAACAGAUUCAACGACAAAUGUAGAUUAUAUAUCAAAGGAAGAACAUUUUGACAAAACAUGUAUGAAAGUCGUUGAUAAUUUCAAGGAAACUAUUCAAUUUCGGGAAAUGGUUGAAAAAAUUGAGAAGAACCGCAUAGUCCUUGUCAAAGGUCCAAAUGGUUCAGGAAAAUCACAGUCCUCAUUUGCAUAUGCAAAUCAAUUUUCUGCAACGUUUCCCUCUGCUACAAUCUGGCGAAUUCCAUGUAGUUCUAUGCAAAGUAUGACUAUGUCAUUAUCUAUUUUGAUGACAAAUCUCAAAAUCGACAGCGGAGAAAUGUGCAAUAAAGGGGGUAUUUAUUCGCGUUUUCAUGAUAUGAUCAAAAUGGUCUUUGUCAGAAUGUCUGACAUGAACGACACGAAUCAUCUUAUUAUAUUAGAUGAUAUUGAGUCACCAGAAGAACCCGUUAUUGAUUUGAUAUUGAAAAAGGUAAUUCAAACAAAAAACAUUUAUGUCAUAGGUACGUCAAACCAAAGAUUUAUGAUCACUCAAUACAAAAAGUACGGCAUGAAAAUGAAUAGAAUGACGGACACUGAAGCUUUUUCGUUUUUUGAGUUUGCAGAAUAUAGUAGGGAGGACGUCAUAACAUUAGCCAACAAACUAGAUUGUUUGCCGUUAGCGCUUUCUUUUGCAGCUACUUAUAUAGAAAAUACCCAAACAUCUAUAGAAAAUUAUAUACAUCUGUUAGAAAAUGAUGAAAUAUCCGAACAUAUUUUAGGAGCUGCCUUGGUUUUUCAGCCAUUUAAUUUAAUACUACAAAGACUGCAAAAUGAUCUCACAAAAAAGGUACAGUGUGUGCUGAGCUAUGCGCCGUAUUUUGUGUACGAUAACAUAUCGGUGAUGCUUCUUAAAAGUUUACUACCCGAUUUUUUAUCAGAAGGAGAAAAAGAGGCUGAAAUAAAUAACCUUAUUAUUACUUUAAGCAAGUAUUCUGUUGCAGUAGUUAAGGGUUAUGGUGAGCGACGGAGUAUAUCGAUACAUAGUAUGACUUGUUUGGCGAUUAGAAAAAAUAAAACAAAAGAACAAAUUAAACAAGAAGUAUCUUAUCUUUUGAAACACUACUGUUUCAUUAUGGAUUUAGAUCUUCGUUUAAUCGAAUCUAUCAAACGAAAUGUCUGCUACUUAAGUCAUGCUACUCUUCUCUUAGAAAAGUUUCACUCUUAUUUAGAUACAAAUGUUUUUCAAAUGAAAAUAUAUAAAAGUUUUUUAUGUUGUGCAAUAGGAGUAACAUUCCGUAUGUAUGGAAAUGCAGAAUUAUCAUCAUAUGAAUACCUAGAACGAGCCAAAAAUACAAUUUUCGAUUUAAUAAAGUUUCAACCAAAUAUUUCUGAUUAUCCAUUCACUAGCACAGAUCCCGUGCUUUAUCUAAAGGGUUGUUCCGUUCUACAAAAAGACACAGAGGAUAUAUUUCAUAGAUUAGUAAAAGAAAGUAAAAAAAAAAUUACAAAGGAUUUUGUGCAAACAUUUGUAGCAAACAAAUUCAGGAGUUCAAGAGAUAUUGAACUUUUUGAAAAAUAUUCUAAUGGGGAGAUAAACCAGAAUGAAAUAAAACACUUCAAGUUGGCUUCAUACAAAACUGAAAAAUGGGGAAAUAUGGAAAAAGUAUUUGCUCCUUUUAAAGGUACCAAGGAAACUUUCCUUGUUGAUCUACUUAUAAGUAUUAUGCAUGAAAGUAGUAAAAAUAAGUGGUGGAUGGAAUCGACAAAUAGCAUGGUCACUAAAUAUGGUAACAAUGAAACAAAAAUGGAUAGUCUGACUGACAGUCAAUUUGCAUAUAAUCUCGCAGUCUGGUUGCAGUAUUAUUUCAAAAAAAGUUAUAAAAACUACCUACCAAUUGCUGCUAUAGUAGAACAUCGCGAUGGCAUUAUUAGAUUUUUGAGAUCAGAGAGAAAUGUUUCAACUAAAAAUCUGCACACUAUCAUACAAAGGCUUAAGGAAAUGCAAGGAGAGGGUUCAUCAACUUUGUUCUACAGCUAUGGUGUUUUAAAAAUGGCGCCAAAAUUUACCCUCUAUCAUAAAUGCAUGAUCAAUCGCGCUCUUUUAAGAUGCUGCUUUAUUGAAUGGCGGGAAGGAAAAAGUCAAAAGUGUCUUGAAAAAGCUAUUUUGCAAGCACAAACCUUAAAUGAAAUAGCUAUCACUAUGAAAGAAGAUUGGCUAAUCUGUAUGAUGAUUUACCUUGAAAUUGCUGAAACAUAUCUCCUCUUUCCCACGAAAAACAACAUUGAUCAAGCUAAACAAAAGUACAAAAAAGCAUUUGAACUCCAAUCAACAUUUGGUGGUAUACUUCUGACUACCCAAUACCAUUUCAAUCUUUAUCAGCAAUAUAUUCAUUUUUGCUUGAAAUUUGGCAAUUUAGAAGAUCUCAAUGAUGCACGAAAAAUUUCUGUUGAAAUGAGGGAGAGGUGUGUCCAAAAAAAACGUAAACAAGCAAUUGGAGACAACUUGAUUAAGAUUGAAGAUAGAAACAAAUCAAAGAAAAGAAGAAAGAUUGCCAUUAGUCUACUGGGAAUACUAUUUCUGAUUUUAUCUGUGUUUGCUGGUGUGUGGUUCUUUAUGACCAAGUGAUUCAAUCCUAUCGUUGAUUAAGAACAAUAGAAAAGAUGUGGCCAUGCUAUUGACAUUGAAUAUCUUGAACGUAAAACGAUGACUUUCAUCACAGACGAUUGAACAAGUACUAUGCAUGCUUGACAAAAUAAAAUAAAUAAAUUAGAGUUUCUUAAUAAGUUUGUUACAAAUUAAAUACUUGGAAAACAAAUAAGACGAUACAACGUGAAUUUGUUAACCACAAUGUUAAAUAUAAUGGUUUACUUUCCGUAGACCUAUCAUUAGUAUAAUUGCUUUGUCUUAUGCUUUCAUUUUU